GCCCGCGGCGCGCCGGCGCCUGCGCAGUCGGCCCAGAGCGCCCCUACCGGGAUGGCGGCGGUUUUGGAGUCGCUGCUGCGAGAGGAGGUGUCGGUCGCAGCGGCCGUGCGGUGGAUCGCGCGCAGAACCCAGAGUUCCGAGGAUAGCCCCGGGGAGGCGGCCGUGCUGCGCUCACUCCGGCCGCUGCGGAAGGAAUUCGUGCCGUUCCUGCUGAACUUCCUGAGGGAGCAGAGCUGCCGCGUCCUCCCGCAGGGCCCCCCAACCCCCGCCAAGGCCCCGGGCGCCUCGGCGACCUUGCCGGGGAGGCCGGGGGGCCCGCCGCGGGGCGGCCGCGGGGCGCGCAGCCAGCUCUUCCCUCCGCCGGAGCCCCCGAGCCCCGCGGCCGAGGCCCCUCUGGCCCGCCGCGGGGGCAGGAGGCGGGGCCCGGCGCCGGCCCGCGAGCGAGGAAGCCGCGGCCCCGGGGGCCCGGAGGAGGGGGUCGGCGGGGAGAGCCUGCCCUGGGCCGGGGCCCGGAGGCUCCGGGGCUCUGGCAGCCCCAGCAGUCCCAGCCUCGCGCUCUGUGAUCCACCAAACCUCAGCAACCUGGAGGAGUUCCCUCCCGUAGGCUCGGUUCCCCCCGGCCCUGCAGGCAGGACGAAGCCUUCACGCAGGAUCAACCCAACUCCGGUGAGCGAAGAGCGGUCACUCUCCAAGCCCAAGACUUGCUUCACCUCACCCCCAAUCAGCUGUGUCCCCAGUUCCCAACCCUCAGCCCUGGACACUAGCCCUUGGGGCCUUGGCCUUCCCCCAGGGUGCAGAAGUCUGCAAGAGGAGCGGGAGAUGCUCAGGAAGGAGCGUUCCAAGCAGCUGCAGCAGUCACCUACCCCUUCCUGUCCCACCCCGGAGUCGGGGUCUCCUCUCCCCAGCCGGACGGGGAGCCUCACAGAUGAAGCUGCUGACCCUGCCAGAGUGUCUUCCCGCCAACGCCUGGAGUUGGUAGCCCUUGUGUACUCUUCCUGCAUUGCUGAGAACCUGGUACCAAACCUGUUCUUGGAGCUUUUCUUCGUCCUUCAGCUCCUCACUGCCCGGAGGAUGGUGGCUGCCAAGGACAGUGACCUUGAACCAGGUCCAGGUGUCCUAGAGUCCGUGGGGAGCCCCCUGUUCCAGAGCAUCCACGACUGCGUCUUCUUCGCCGUGCGGGUGUUGGAGCGUCAGUUUCCGGUUCUUUCCUACCUGGACAAAGGGACCUUGAAGCUGCUGGCGGAGAAUGAGCGGCUGCUGUGCUUCUCACCAGCCCUGCAAGGCCGCCUUCGAGCUGCCUAUGAGGGCAGUGUUGCCAAGGUGUCUCUGGUGAUGCUACCCUCUGCUCAAGCUGUCUCCUUUCAGCCGGAAACUGACAAUCGUGCCAACUUCUCCAGUGACCGAGCCUUUCAUACUUUCAAAAAGCAGAGGGAUGUGUUUUAUGAGGUGCUUCGAGAAUGGGAAGAUCACCACGAGGAGCCCGGCUGGGACUUUGAGAAGGGCCUGGGUAGCAGGAUCAGAGCCAUGAUGGGCCAGCUCUCGGCAGCCUGCAGCCACAGCCACUUUGUUCGACUUUUCCAAAAACAGCUUCUCCAGAUGUGUCAGAGCCCAGGUGGUGCUGGGGGCACUGUGUUGGGCGAAGCUCCAGAUGUGCUCAGUAUGCUGGGAGCUGACAAGCUGGGGCGGUUGCGGCGUCUACAGGAGCGACUUGUGGCCCCUCAGAGCAGUGGGGGGCCCUGCCCACCCCCCACCUUCCCGGGCUGUCAAGGCUUCUUCAGAGACUUCAUCCUGAGCGCCAGCAGCUUCCAGUUUAAUCAGCAUCUUAUGGAUAGCCUGAGCUUGAAGAUCAGAGAGCUCAACGGCCUCACCCUGCCUCCGCAUGAGCCUAAUGAUGACGAAGGGGAGGCAGAUGUCGACUGGCAGGGUGAACGGAGACAGUUUGCUAUGGUGCUGCUCAGCCUGAGGCUUUUGGCCAAAUUCCUGGGCUUUGUGGCUUUCCUGCCAUAUCGCGGGCCUGAACCACCCCCAACCCGUGAGCUUCAGGACUCCAUCCUGGCCCUCAGGAGCCAGGUCCCACCGGUCCUGGAUGUGCGGACCCUGCUGUGGCAGGGGCUGCGGGCCCGCCGGGCUGUGCUCACCGUGCCCUGGCUGGUGGAGUUCCUGUCCUUUGCUGACCACAUCGUGCCCCUGCUGGACUACUACCGCAGCAUCUUUAGUCUCCUGCUGCACCUGCACCGGAGCUUGGUCUUGGCGCAGGAGCGUGAAGGGGAGAUGUGUUUCCUGAACAAGCUGCUGCUGCUCGCUGUCCUGGGCUGGCUUUUCCAGAUUCCCACGGUCCCAGAGGACUUGUUCUUUUCGGAAGAGGAUCAGUCAGAUGGCUUCCAGGUGGACGCAGUGUCCUCAGAAUAUGGCUUGGACAGUGUGCCUGUGGUGGACCAGCAGCUGCUCUACACCUGCUGCCCCUACAUUGGUGAACUCCGGAAGCUGCUCGCUUCGUGGGUUUCAGGCAGCAGUGGGCGGAGCGGGGGUUUCGUCAGGAAAAUCACUCCCACCACCACCACCGGCCUGGGAGCCCAGCCUCCCCAGACCAGCCAGGGGCUGCAGGCGCAGCUCGCCCAGGCCUUUUUCCACAACCAGCCGCCCUCCCUGCGCAGGACUGUGGAGUUUGUGGCAGAGAGAAUCGGAUCAAACUGCGUCAAGCAUAUCAAGGCCACGCUGGUGGCAGAUCUCGUGCGACAGGCAGAGGCACUUCUCCAGGAGCAGCUGGUGGCGCAGGGCCAGGAAGGGGGCGAAGCAGCCCAGUUGGUGGAGAGCUUGUGUUCCCAGCUGUGCCCCCACGGGGCCCAGGCGUUGACCCAGGGGCGGGAGUUCUGCCAGAAGAAGAGCCCUGGGGCUGUGCGGGCCCUGCUUCCAGAGGAGACCCCAGCAGCUGUGCUAAGCAGUGCGGAGAACAUUGCCGUGGGGCUGGCCACAGAGAAAGCCUGCACUUGGUUGUCGGCCAACAUCACAGCGCUGAUUAGGAGGGAGGUGAAAGCGGCCGUGAGUCGCAUACUUCGAGCCCAGGGUCCUGAGCCAGCUGUCCGGGGGGAGCGGAGGGGCUGCUCCCGCGCCUGUGAGCACCACGCUCCCCUCCCCUCCCACCUCAUCUCCGAGAUCAAAGAUGUGCUCUCCCUGGCCGCGGGGCCCCGGGACCCUGAGGAGGGCGUUCCCCCAGAGCAUCUGGAGCAGCUCCUAGGCCAGCUGGGGCAGACCCUGCAGUGUCGCCAGUUCCUGUGUCCACCCGCUGAGCAGCAUCUGGCCAAGUGCUCGGUGGAGCUGGCUUCCCUCCUUGUGGCAGAUAAAAUUCCCAUCCUGGGGCCGCCGGCGCAGCGCAGGCUGGAGAGAGGGCAGGCCCGAAGGCUCCUACACAUGCUGCUGUCCCUGUGGAAGGAGGACUUUCAGGCGCCCGUUCCCCUGCGACUCCUGCUGAGCCCGAGAAACGUGGGGCUUCUGGCAGACACAAGGCCGAGGGAGUGGGAUCUGCUGCUCUUCUUGCUCCGGGAGCUGGUGGAGAAGGGGCUGAUGGGCCGGAUGGAGAUAGAGGCCUGCUUAGGCAGCCUCCGUGCUGCCCAGUGGCCAGAGGACUUCUCUGAAGAAUUAGCAACGCUGUUCAAUCUGUUUCUCACUGAGCCCCCCUUGCCAGAACCCCAGCUGCGAGCGUGUGAGCUGGUGCAGCCAAACCGGGGGACUGUGCUGGCCCAGAGCUAGGGCUGGGCAGCGGCCCCGCUGGGCGUCUCAUCAGAACCCUGAGCCCUGCCUGCCUGCGCCUCAGGAGGAAGCCGAAGAGCCCACUGCUGCCCCUCGCUGCGGUGGGAGGAGCUGGGUCUGGAACAGACCUGCUCAGGUGGAAGGGCUGCGUGGCAUCCCACCGACGGCGAGCUCACCACCCGAAUCCUGGAGGCAGGAGAGGCCAGGUGGUUCAACGUGGUGGUGGAAAAGCCUCGAGACUUGUCUGGGAGCAGAAGAGCGGGCGUUGAUCACGUGGACGUGGAGUAGCCAGACGUGAGAGGGCUUGUGAGACAGGCUUCUAGCCUCACUUGCUGCUGUGCUAGCACCUCUUACAACAUGUGGCUCUGGACCAUGAAAGCGGCAGGACUUUGCUUCACUUGAAAACGAAAGCACGAUCUUGGGAAUCUGCAUUUCCCUGUCGCCGGGAACUGAGAAUGCACAGCAGGUAAGGGAGGACCCACCUGGCAGAGGCCUGGCUUUGCCCUCUGUCUUCUGCCUGGGUGUGGGCAGUAACUCUAGACCCUGUCUCCUCCCAAGGACCAAGGAAGGGGCAAAACGGGACAGUUUUUAAAUACAAGCUGUUUUCUUUCA